AUGAUUGAAGGAUCCACCAUUGAUUUAUAUUCUCAAACUAUUAUCACAGCUGGUCCAACUUACGGUUCGUACAAGUUCAAUGUUCUACAACAUCUAUCUGCUAUUUCUCCUUACUUUGAAUCCAAUUCCAAUGGACUCAGUCCUGAUCCUCCUCAAGACUGCAGAGUCAACAAAGCAAUCUACCUAGUGCGCCAUGGUUCUAUUUACGCUAACACCUACGAUUACAACUAUACCAUUCAUCCAUUCUUGCAACGCCUUAAACAUUGGUCGCGUGAAGUCAAUUUUUCUCAGUCAAUGGAGUUCGCCUUUUUGGCUCGCUGGACAUCGCCCAUCACACACUGUACUAAACAAGUCGGAAAAUUGACCAAAUCCGGAAGUCUCGAAGCAUUCAAUCUCGGUACUCAGCUCGCCUAUCGUUAUCCACAUUUACUAUACGCAAAGAGACAUUCAUCUUUCAAAAUAUGGGCUUCGAAAUCGGAUCGAACACAGAAAAGUGCUCGCAUGUUGUUAACUGGACUAUAUGGUAGUCAGAACACUCUAGGUCAGGUAAUCAAUAUAUCAGAAGGAAAGAAACGAGGCGCAAAUACUCUUACACCGAAAGAAACAUGUCCACGCUUCCAGAAUUCAUGGGGUGCACCAGAAGCACAUGCGUGGCUGAGAAAAUACACAAAACCAAUAGUCGUUCGAUUAAAUGUUCGUAAUCCAGGCUUUAACUUAUCGGCAAAUGAUGUGUUGGCAAUGCAGCAACUUUGUGGUUAUGAAACUGCCAUUCGUGGAUCAUCAGCUUUUUGCAAGAUCUUUACACCAGAAGAAUGGCUUUCGUUUGAGUAUUAUUUCGAUAUCAAAUACUACUAUGAAUUAAGCUACGGCAAUGAUCUGUCACCAAGCCUCGGUAUGCCUUGGGUUGUUGCAUCAAGUGAUCUUCUCAAUCGUACUACGGACCAAGACCUUUAUAUAAGUGUUGCUCAUCGAGAGAUGCCACCUUUUAUCUUGACAGCAUUGGGUUUGUACAACGAUACAAAUACUGCUGGUGUUCACAUCAUUAACCAUACGUUUCCUCUUGAUCAGAUAAAUUAUCGUCGCAUAUGGAAGUCAAGCGAAUUCAUUCCAUUUUUGGGUCGUGUUGCAUUGGAACGACUAGAUUGCACAUCUACUGUAUACAAUGGAUCGUUUGUCAGGAUUCUGAUCAAUUCGGCACCAAAGCCCUUGCCCGGAUGUACGUCAGGUCCAGGUGCCAGCUGUCCGUUGGAACAAUACAUGAAUUAUGUUGAGAAACGCAAUGAGCAGCAUAGUGCCUUUUCGAAGGCUUGCGAUGUACACUAUCAGAGCACUACUGAUAUGUUGACCAUUUACUCUUAA